AUGGAAGUAGACGCAGUCCGGGAGGAAUCUGGAGGCGAUGAAGCGCAAUUGAGCUACGAAGAUAAGGGAAAGUUCUUACUACAGUACGUAUUGAGCCGACGCGGCGUGUGCAGCGAAAAGGCGCUUGCCAAAGCACUCAAGACUCUGGAGCGCGACGGCGAACAGCUGGAGGAUAGCGAGACCGAGGCACAGGUCGUGAAAAUGGUAGGAAGACUUAACGUCAGGCUAAGCGCCUUGGACUACAAGCUGGUGCGACAGCGGGACCAGCUUGGCGCAUGGAUGUACGCGUAUGUUGACGUUUCACCGUCGGGGGACACCAAGCUUGCCACGCCGCUCACCAUCGAGGAGCUCAAGUACGUGCAGUGGUGCGUGCGCGAAAUGCUCGAGGCCGGGCAGGAAGUCGCGGAGGCGCGGGGCGCCAAGAGCGCGGUAGAACGGUCGGUGGACGAGGCGCUUGUGCAGUCAGGCAGCGGGCGGGACGAACUGAGCGCGGAGUUCGACUCGAAAUCGCUACGGUUUCGCGUGAGUUACACGGCCGGCGCACGCCAGCUAUUCCAGUUCGACGAUCUGGGACCACUGGAAACAGAGCGGCUGCUGACGCGACUGUGCCAGCUGCGCUGGUUUUACCGGACGAACGAGGGCCACUUUGGGCUAGCCACGCGCGCUCUCUCAGAGUUGCAAGAGUACUUGCGCACACAAUACACGGUUCCAGUAUGCACUGUGUGCGACGAGGUCGCACUCCGGGGCGUCAAGUGUCAGUGCGCCGAGGGUGCGUGGCACGCACCCUGCUUCCAGCACUACGUUGCACACGUCAGCAACGCGUGUGCGCGUUGUGAGCGGCCUGUGCUAGAGGCCAUCUACAUGGCCUGA